AUGGCGGACACCACGCUGGCCUCCGACACACGAGGCACACUGGAGCCACUGGAGGUCCGCAUAGACAGACUGCUGGCGGAAUUCUGGGAGAAGAUAGUGAGCAGACCAUACCCGCUGGUUGAUAGACCCAGCACUGCAGACCUGCCGCCUGACUCACCUCCCUCUCCCCGGCACUCACCCAGCUUGAACCGCCGAAAGGCACAUUUGCGACCCCACGAGCUGCGGAGGAGGGGAGCCCUGCCUAGGGCGCACCGGCCUGUCCAGAGGAGGAGGGAGCAGCAUGCAGAUAAGUCUGGCGGAGUUACAUACCGGCCGCCAAAAGGAGACCACAAAGUCACGAGAAAAUUCCCAGAGCAGCAGAAAAGGGCCCCACUUACCAGCAACAUCAAAGCAAGCUCUCACGGCGACAUACAAUCUAGCCAGCCAUCGGAACAAGCAACACUGCCCCUACCUAUGCCCCAGAAGGCAUGCCCGGACUCUCUCAACAACAUACUGACCAUACAAUCCAUUGGAAUCGACUGA